CAAUAACUGGACGUUAACGUUUGGAGUGGUAUGUGGUCUGAGGAGAAAUAGUUAAAUAAAUAUAUAAUAUAAUAAAUAAUUAUGUAAUGCAUCUAACUCAGACGUCUUGCACAAAGAGGGGCAUGCCUUUAUUGUUGGAUCAUCUUGUCUGACCCGUCAAAGAUGGAUUCUCAAAGAAGUGUGACUGCUGAGGUCGAGCCAGUGGAUGUGAAGAAUGAUGUUCCAAAAACAAACUUAACAGAAGGAAAAGAUGAACUCUUUUGUGAACCAGAAAAGCAAGACACUUCAAAAGACUGUGUGCUAACGGGGAACACACAAGAUGACGCCACAUCUCAGAAGUCAAUGGACUGCGGGUCAGCAGAUGGGCAGGAAGAAUCUGUCCUUGCAGGCAGCAGCAGUGACGCCGCUCAAACACACUGUGUUGGGCAGAAAUCUAAGAGGCCCAGUUCACCUGGUCCUCACCCUGUUGAAACAACCUGUGUUGCAACACCCACUCCAAAUCCCAAAGUCACCCUCUGUCUUAGCAAUAGUCCCAGAAAAGGUGCAAGCACGCCUAGUGAUGUGGAGAUGCUGAGUCCUGACAGCCCCGUCUGUAAAACCGCGCUUGUCAACAGCUCUGCAGACAAAGAUCACGGUGGCAGUGCUUGUGCAGAGGACUCUGGCUUUGCGGAGGCUCAGGUAAAGGAAUCUCAGCAGUUUGUCAAAGACUCUGAUUCUGGAUUUUCGGCCAAAGACAGAGUCAAUCUGGUUGCUAUGGGAACUGAUGAUGCUGAGAUAGCAGAGUGCAGUGGCUCAUCUGACAUGAGCCAGGACUUAAUUGGAAGCCAGUCAAGUGCAUAUUUCGAAAGCGUUUCAUUUGCAUUGCAUAACAUGGACAGAGGAUGGCUGGGGACACCCAUAGAUGAGCUGAACAGAAUGCCCCAGUGUGCCCCCCCUCUGUCUCACCUGAAAGUAGUGCCUAACCACACUGUCACAGUCAGGACAGAUCUCCUCAGAGAGGGAGAGGUCCCUGUCCCUUACCCCUCCAAGUUCAAAGACGCGUGGGAUGAUGUGUCCGUGAAGAUGCCCUGCUCUGAGAAGAAUCUGUUUCCUAUGGAGACUGAGGAUGGAGGUGGUGUCCAAAGUAGGUGGGAGCUGAUCCACACUGCCCUGAAGAGAGGGUUCAAAAGUUCUCUGGAUGUGAGGGAUGCAACAUUGAGAUACAACACAGCCCAUGCAAAGAAAUGGGACUUCACUGCCCUGAACCUUCUUUGCACAGAGUAUCUUGAACAUAGUGAGUUACAGUGCCUGUUUGAGGUCAUACUUCCAUCUAUGGUUGACCUAGCACUCGAUGCCCCUCGCCUCUGCACAAUGCCAAUCCCCCUACUGAAGUCAAGGAUGAACCAUUCCCUGACUCUGUCUCAGGAGCAAAUAGCCUGUCUUCUGGCUAACGCCUUCUUCUGCACAUUCCCCCGACGCAACUCCCGCAAGUCAGAAUACUGCAAUUAUCCUGAGAUCAACUUCUACAGGUUAUUUGAAGGUUCUUCACCAAGAAAAAUAGAAAAAUUGAAAACUCUGCUGUGUUACUUCAGGAAAGUUACACAGACCAAGCCGAAGGGUCUUGUUACAUUCACAAGACAAACAUUGAACAAUCCUCCAAACUGGGAAAGUUCCCAGACUCAGCUGACGCGCCUACAUAUCACUUGUAAUGGGACGAUUGAGGACGAUGGAUACGGGAUGCUGCAGGUGGACUUUGCGAACAGGCUUGUAGGUGGAGGAGUAACAGGACAUGGACUGGUGCAGGAAGAAAUCAGGUUCCUCAUCAACCCUGAACUCAUUGUCUCUCGCCUCUUUACAGAAGCUUUGGAACAGAAUGAAUGCCUCAUCAUCACCGGAACUGAACAGUACAGUAAAUAUUCUGGCUAUGCAGAGAGUUACAAAUGGAAGGAAAGCCACAAAGAUGAGACUCCCAGGGAUGACUGGCAGAGACGAUGCACAGAGAUUGUGGCCAUUGAUGCUCUUAAAUACAGGCACUUCUUAGAGCAGUUUCUCCCUGAGAAGAUGAUCAGAGAACUCAACAAGGCAUACUGUGGAUUCUACAGAAGUAACGCCAACAGCAAGCACCUCUCUGCAGUGGCCACAGGCAACUGGGGUUGUGGAGCUUUUGGUGGAGACACACGACUCAAAGCGCUGAUUCAGCUGAUGGCUGCCGCAGAGGCUGGGAGAGACGUGGCGUACUUCACGUUUGGAGAUGCUCAGCUCAUGAGAGAUGUUCAUGAAAUACAUACUUUCCUCACCAAGAGAAAAGUCACUGUCGGGAGGCUGUACAGCCUUUUAAACCAGUACUCAAGUGUGGUGUGUAAGAACUGCCGCACGACUCGACCUGAUGUCAGCCUCUACAGUUUCAUCUACGAGAAUGUCUCUUCCCCUGCUACUGCCGACGCCCCUGACGCUGUCAAGGAUUCCGGGAUGUCCCAUGUAACAUCGGACUCUCAUUAACACAUGAAGAGCUACAACCUAACCACCCUUAUGCUGUCUCUGUGUAAAAGAGCCUUUUGCUUACAAUCUCUCUCUCUCUCUCGCACUCACACACACACACACACACACACACACACACACACACGCACACACUCCCUUUAAGUUUGUGAUCCCUACAUACAAACUACCAAAACACAGUUUUGCCUUUCUUGUUGGUGGUUUUAUAGGAGCCUUGUAGUGUGUCACCAAAUGUGGUGAAAUGUUUCAGAUACUUAGAGCAAUAGUAAAUCCUGGUUGCUGUUAGGCCUUUCUUUAGUAAAAAUGUGAUGUGAAAUUAUUGUUAUUUUUACACACUAAUAACAAAUACGGCCAAAUGUGCAUAUGCAUGGUUAUGGACACUUUUUGUUAUUGAUAAUCCAGGACAUGAUCAUCCUCCCUGGUUAUCUCGUCCUAUGUUGUGUUUGCUACUUUUUUGGAUGAGUUGUUUUCUCUAUUUACCAUACCCAGGCAGUGGUGAGGUUCCUGAAUGCAGAGCGAUAAUGAGAUGCCAUAGUCUAUGCAUGGGUUAUAUUUAUUUAUCAAAUACUCAAAUAUAUGCUGCUCUUUUAUAUCCUCUAGGGUGUCGACAUUCAACACGCAUAUUGUCCUUCAGGCUUAUUUUAAUAUGAGUCAAAACUGUCAAUGAAAGGGUCGCUGGUAUGAGAAUUGUCUCAGAUGAAACAGAUACAAGGGGUUUAUGGUGAUUUUCAUCUUAGACCGUUGAUUCUAUCUAUUCGAGUAAUUUAAUCCUUUUCAAAUAUAUUCACUGCUAAGCACAGUAUUACUAAUGGAUAUACAAAUAAAGGGGGGGCAGAUAAAGAAUUGCACGCAAAAUGUUAUUUUUAUUAAUGUUUUUACCCAACGUUUACUUUGGAGCUAUGGUAAUGCUUUUUAUUAUUUACUGUAUUUUCAGAUUGACAGUGUGGGUAAUAUUUAAUAAUGGGUUCAUAAAUAGAUCAAAGGUUGUAAAUGUAUUGCAUAGUAUUGUACUUUAGUUUGUUUAAUUUGGUUGUACUCUUUUUAUUAUAACUUCUUAAUUAAAGUUAUAGCUAAAUCCUGUUAA